AUUUCAUGUGAUUCAUAUCCGCUACUCCAACCAUAGCACUCUGUAGUAACAGUCCUUUCUUCGUAACCCGCCAACAUAAUGACAACCCUGUUAAAGAAACCACCCUCCACCCACCUUAUUUCAUCUCCACUCUUGUUCUUCCUUCUUGUUCUCACCAUCCUUGCACUGCUUUUCUCAUUCCUUCCUUCGGCUUCUUCAGUUUCUCCUUCUGCUUACGCUAAUGGUAAGGCUAAGGUAGCUAAAGAACUGAAUGAAGGGGAGGCUCUUUUAAAAUGGAAAACCAGCCUUGACAUCAAAAGCCAGUCUCUCUUGUCUUCUUGGGCUGGAAGCACCACUUGCAAUUGGACUGGAGUAAAUUGCGACGAGUUUGGAAGCGUCACUGAUCUAAACCUUUCAAGUUAUGGGUUGAGAGGUAAGCUUCAAAAUCUCAGCUUCCCAUCUUUCUCCAAUAUACUUAGUCUUAACCUUUCUUACAACUUCCUCUAUGGGCCCAUCCCCUCAUCUAUUUAUCAUCUCUCUAAACUCUCCUAUCUUGAUCUUUCUGCUAAUCAAUUCAGUGAGAACAUUCCAUCUGAAAUAGGCCAAUUAACAAGUCUUCGAGUCCUUUGCCUAGCCAAAAAUAAUCUCACAGGAUCUAUACCCUCCUCCUUCAGAAACUUCAGCUACUUGACCAAUCUUUCUCUCUCCACAAAUAAGCUUUCCAAAUCAAUUCCAAAGGAGCUGGGAAAGCUAAAAGUUCUCAAAAAUCUAAACUUGGGUGAAAAUAGACUUUCUGGACUCAUUCCUCAAGAAUUAGGAAUGCUAAGUUAUUUGUCUGAGCUUGAUUUGUCAUCAAACAAUCUCACAAGUACUAUUCCUGCUUCUCUUGGAAACUUAAGCAACCUAACCAUUUUAUAUCUUGAUCAAAACCAAUUUUUUGGUUCCAUCCCCAAAGAAUUAGGAAUGCUAAGUUCUCUACGUAGUCUAUCAUUAUCAAAAAACAAUCUCACUGGCAUCAUUCCAGCUUCUCUUGGAAACUUAAGCAGCCUAACCAAUCUUUAUCUUUAUGAAAACCAACUUUCUGGUUCCAUUCCCAAAGAAUUAGGAAUGUUAAAUUCUGUCAGUGACCUUGAAUUGUCAUCAAACCAUCUCAUUGGUGCCAUCCCUACUUUUUUUGGGAACUUAAGCAACUUGACCAUCUUAUAUCUUUUUGAGAACCAACUUUCUGGUUCCAUUCCUGAGGAAUUAGGAAUGCUAAGUUCUGUCAGUAACCUUGAUUUGUCAUCAAACAAUCUUGUUGGUGUCAUUCCUGCUUCUCUUGGUAACUUAAGCAACCUAACCAUUUUAUAUCUUUAUCAAAACCAACUUUUUGGUUCCAUCCCCAAAGAAUUAGGAAUGUUAAGUUCUCUACGUAGUCUAUCAUUAUCAAAAAACAAUCUAACUGGCAUCAUUCCAGCUUCUCUUGGAAACUUAAGCAGCCUAACCAUUCUCUAUUUUUAUAAAAACCAACUUUCUGGUUCCAUUCCCAAAGAAUUAGGAAUGUUAAGUUCUCUACGUAGUCUAUCAUUAUCAAAAAACAAUCUCACUGGCAUCAUUCCAGCUUCUCUUGGAAACUUAAGCAGCCUAACCAUUCUCCAUCUUUAUAAAAACCAACUUUCUGGUUCCAUUCCCAAAGAAUUAGGAAUGUUAAGUUCUCUCAGUGACCUUGAAUUGUCAUCAAAUCAUCUCAUUGGCGCCAUCCCUGCUUCUCUUGGAAACUUAAGCAGCCUAACCAAUCUCUAUCUUCAUAAGAAUGAACUGUCUGGUUCCAUUCCUCCAGAAUUGGGAAAACUUCAAUUCCUAAUUGAGUUAGCACUACUCGAGAAUAAUCUUAGCGGGCACGUUCCAAAUGAAAUGAACAAUCUCACACAAUUAAACCUCUUGUCACUAUCAAGCAACCGGUUUACUGGUCGUUUACCUGAAAAUAUAUGCCUUGGUGGAUUGCUUCAAAACUUAUCUGCUUUUGAUAAUCAUUUCACUGGUCCAAUCCCAAAAAGCCUAAAAAAUUGCACCAAUUUGUUUAGAGUUAGGCUUGACCAAAACCAUCUUACCGGAAAUAUUGCAGAAGAUUUUGGCAUAUACCCGAAUUUGGAUUAUAUAGAUCUGAGUUAUAAUAAUUUAUAUGGCCAACUUUCAGCAAAUUGGGGCCAAUGUCAUAACCUCAAAAGCCUAAAAGUCGCUAACAAUAAUAUCUCUGGAAGGAUACCUCCUGAGCUUGGAGAAGCAGUUCAGUUACAUUUCCUUGAUCUCUCCUCAAAUCAUCUAGAUGGAGAGAUUCCAAAGGAAUUGGGAACGUUGACUUUUUUGGUAGAGCUUUAUCUAAACAACAACAAACUUUCCCAAAAUAUUCCUUAUAAUUUUGGAAUGCUGUCCAAUUUAGAGGGGCUUAACUUAGCCAGAAAUACUCUAAGUGGCCUUACUGCGGAACUGGGGAAUUGUGAAAAAUUGUGGUACUUGAAUUUGAGCAACAAUUACUUAAACGAAGGGAUUCCCUUUCAAUUUGGCUAUUUGCACUCUCUUCGUUAUCUUGAUCUUAGCCAAAAUAAUCUUACAAGAGACAUACCACAGCAACUUGGAGAUUUGAAAACUUUGGAAAUUUUGAAUCUUUCUCACAAUGGUCUUUCUGGUUCUAUUCCAUCUACUUUUGAUCAAUUGAUAAGCUUGACAUCUGUUGAUUUGUCCAACAAUCAAUUGGAGGGUCCUAUUCCAAAUACUAAACCAUUUCGUGUGGCACCUAAAGAAGCAUUUAGAAACAAUAAGGGCUUGUGUGGCAAUGCCAUUGGUUUAAAGGCUUGCCCCUCUGCAAAUCAUUAUAUUAAAAGAGGGAAUAAAAUUGUGAAACUGAUUUUAUUUCUUUGUCUUGGCACCAUAUUUCUUGCAUUUGUGACUGCUAGUUUUACAUCAAUUCUUCGCCGAAGAAAGGAGAGAACAGAAAACAAGCCACAAGAAGCACAAAAUCAAAAUUUGUUCACAAUAUGGAGCUAUGAUGGGAAAAUGGUGUAUGAAAACAUUAUUGAAGCAACAGAGGAUUUUGAUGACAAACAUUGUAUUGGAGUGGGAGGGUAUGGAAAUGUUUAUAAAGCUGAGCUACCAACAGGUCAAGUUGUUGCUGUGAAGAAACUUAAUGCCCUCUCAGAUGAUAGUAUUGUCAAUCUAAAAGCUUUUGAGAGUGAGAUACGUGCUUUAACAGAAAUACGACAUCGUAACAUUGUGCAGCUUCAUGGCUUUUGCUCACAUCCGCGACACUUGCUAUUGGUUUAUGAGUUCUUGGAAGGUGGGAGCUUGGACAAGGUAUUGAAGGUUGAUGAACAAGCCAUGAAAUUUGAUUGGAUUUACAGGCUAAAUGUUGUAAAAGGUGUGGCAAGUGCUUUAUUUUAUAUGCACCAUGACUGUUCAUGUCCAAUAAUUCAUCGGGACAUUUCAAGUAAAAAUGUUCUACUAGAUUCAGAAUAUGAAGCAUGCAUAUCUGACUUUGGGACAGCUAGGAUAUUGAGUUCUGACUCUUCAUAUCAGACUUCAUUUGCUGGCACUUUCGGCUAUGUUGCUCCAGAACUUGUAUAUACCAUGGAAGUCAAUGAAAAGUGCGACAUUUACAGCUUUGGAGUAGUCAUAUUGGAAAUUGUUAUGGGAAAGCAUCCAGGUAAUCUGAUAUCAUUUUUAUCAUUACCAUUUGCAUCAUCAUCUACAUCAAAACCUCAUGAUGUGCUACUGAAAGAUGUACUGGACCAACGACUUGCGCAUCCUUCAAAUGAAGUUGCCAAAGAGGUGGUUAUGGUGACGAAGUUAGCGUUGGCAUGCUUGCACGCCAAUCCACAAUAUCGUCCAACCAUGCAACAAGUUUAUCAGAAGUUACAAACUCGAAAAUCUGCUUUCCUAAAGCCUCUACACAUGAUAACAUUAGGAGAGCUCAUUGAUCUUGAUACUUCGACUUAAGUUUCCUAGAUAUUUACAUAUUUUAUGUGUCAUAUUUGCUUGUGUAAUUUUGUCCAGUACUUUUUAUAUAUUAGUCUCUUCUAUCCUUGAAAUUUGAUUAAAAUGAUUGGAUUGUUUUGAAGGACAAUUCGUAUUCACUAUAUGUAGUUUGAAAGUUGCAUGAAUAAAUCUACGGGCAUUUCUCUUAUCAAUGUCACGAACCUCACCAAUAUUUAAAAUUAGGGGCAAUGAUACUCUCACAUUCACUUUUUUACGUUUACUUUUAUUUCACAUUUUAAAUGUAGAAAUUUUCUUUUAAUUUUUAAACGUGAAUAUUAUUGAUUGUGGAUAUCUAUAUUGUGUGUAUACCAGAGAGUAUACCGGUGUGUGUCGUCAUUUUUAUAUGACUCUUGUGCAUAUUCGUAGGGGGAGAAAGCCAUAGAGGAGAUGCAUAUACUAAGGGGGAGAAGACACCUUUUAUGAGAAAACCUUAUUUUGUCUUGUUUUACUUUAUGCUUGUUUUCUCAUUGCUUUAUGGUGUUUUGAGUUACAUUUAGUAUUUAUGUUUUGUUGCUCUCAUCGCAUCGUGUUUAUGUGUUGGACAUGCAUAUAUCAUUAUUAGUGUGCUUUAUUGAUUGUAUGUUUAGAUGAUCAUUUGCUUUGCUGUAUGAUCAUUGUGGUCAUUUCCAUAUGACUGUUUUGUGUUUAAUCAAGUUCCUCAUAUGUUUCAUAUCAUGUUUACUUAAUUGCAUUUUACUUAUUAUAUUAUACUUGUCCUUUUAUCACUUGAUUUACCUUGAGGGUCUAAUGCAUUUUGUGCAAGUGUUUCAGGUUCCAGGUAUAUAUGUUCCAAGUUCAUCACAGCUUCUAGAUUUAGGUGUGAAUAAGUUUUGCCAUUGUUCCCAAACUCACGUUUAAGUCUAGAGUUUGUUUUAGAGUGUUUUGUCACAAAAUAGCCAAAGGGGGAGAUUGUUAAGUUAUGAUUUUUAUCGUAACAUUAUUGUUGGCUUAUUCCAUGACAAAAAGUGUUGUAAUUGCAUUAAUUUUUUUUCUUUGUAUUUUUGUGGGAUUUUAUUGUAUUGGGUUUAGUAUUAAGUUGGUGAAGAAUUGAGUAUAAAAUGAAGAAUCAGUGGAUUUUGUGAGUGUCUCGCUAGAAGCUUACCCGCGAAAUAGCCAUGUGAGAAGCACAUGUUGGAAGCUGAAGAGUCAUGCCAGCCUGGAGGGUUUCGCGAGUGUCUCGCGGGUAAGGCCUUCUCGCGAAGUAUUCUUGAAACAUUCUGUCUGGAAGAUUUUUAAGAGUGACUUUCUUACCUUUCACCCAUACUACAUAUACCCUCAUUACUCACAAAAGUAUUAAGGAGGCCAUUUAGAGAAAAAAAAAAAAAAAAAAAAAAAAAAACCCUAGAUAGGUUUUCAACAACAGACACACCCGUCUUUUAGAGAGAGAGAGCUACUCAUCCUUAGUGAAAAAUCAUUCUAGGCUCUUCUCAUUCCCUCUUCCAUUGUCAUAUAUUGAGAGGAGAUUUGUACCCAAACACAACCCACACCUAUUCAGAGUGUAGAGAGUGUUUUGGAGCUUGGGAAGUUUUGGGGAUUUGCCAAAAGAAGCCGGUAAAGCUUAGCAGAUGCAAUUGGGCAUAUUACGGGAUCCGGAGAGUUAGAGAAGACAAGACUUCGUUAAGUCAGUUGGUAGCAGGAGCUUGGAGGACUCAAGUACAUGGGGGUAGACUAGGCUUGGAGGGUCUUUUGUUAUUCGUGUACUCCAACUUUAUUCUUUAGUGGAUCGAUUUACCGCUUGGAGGGCGGCGGAGAGGUUUUUCGCCGAGUUCUUCGGUUUCCUCUUCGAUAACACGUUUUUGUGUUA